AUUAUACAAAUGUAUUUUAUGUCAUCACUGAAAAUGUCAUGAAAUUGUGUUUUUAUUUGUAAUCUUGUGAGUUUAUACACUCAAUGAAAAUAAACCUAUGACUGUAAUGACUUGUUUUAUCAGAUGUCAGUUCGAUACCUGGAAAUGUGGACAUGUCAAUUAAUGUGGUUUUAAUUAUUCUUCUUGUGCCAACCCCUAUUUUUGUGUUUUUUGAUAUAAUCAUUUCCAAAAUUGCCCUUUGAUUAAGGAUGAUUGUGGUGCAGUCUACUGAGCACAGCUGAACGUAUACAUCAGUUUAUGGCGCAUUCUGAGAAAUUAUGAAAACAACGUGUCCUGUGACCUAUACAUUUUAAAUGAAAAAGCUAUGAUUCCAUCUUCAUGUGAGCCAUUUAUUGAUUCAAUCUGGUGAGUGACUCAGUGUUUGAAGAGUAUUUUAUAACUCAGAUCGCCAUCUAGAAUUGCUCAGAGUGGGAAUAUGUGUCACUAGAGUGAUUGUUUGAAGUAAGGAAACAAAAAUAUAUGCCUGAGUAUUUGUCUCCAAGUCUUCAGUUGAAAAAUUGAAAUUGAUUCUAUGAAUAGAUUGUUUAUUUUGACUUUACACUGUUAGUUUUUUUUUUUUUUUUUGAUAGACAACCUGUUUCUUAGCACUGACUCUUGUAAUUACUGGUUUCAUAAUGACAUGCUGCUUUUUUAGAGCCGUUGUGUAGUUUUGGACUCUGUUUCUGUUAUUCUGUUAUUGCCUGACAAGUAACUGUUUAUACGGGAGUGGCAAUUUAGAAUAUAAAGCAAAUCUGCAAUUCUAUGUCAUUCAUUUGAAAAUAUAAGAUAGUGAUUUAACAUAAGAAAGAUAACACUAUGUCUUGUCUUUUUGUUGGAAAAGUUUUUGAAAGUGUAAAGUGGAGGGUUAUGGAUGAAGUUGAAUGCAGUAAUAUGUCCAGCGUUAAUUCAACUAUAACAGCUUAUGUCCAGAAAAGAUAGAGAGAGAGAAAUUCACUACUGCAGUCUAUCACAAUUAAUAUUUUGCUGUGUGUUUGCUGUCCUGAGAAGUGUAAGGUAGCUGUUGUGAUUGGUGGCUGAUUCCAUGUUGGUGAUCAUCACAGACAUCCUCUUUGCCGACUCGUUUGCCUGGGGUUGCGAGAGCAGUAAGGUCGGUGGGCGGUGAUGUGGGUGCAAAGCCUGGCGUGUCCUCCUGAUCACAGUGAAUCGCAUCUGAUUACCACCGACCUUAAAUUUGCAAUAACAGGUGCGCCCUAAGCCACUGAGUGUACCCUGUUGCCCUGUUAAUUUAUUCCAAACAAACACUGACUCACAACAGCAAAAAAAAAAAAAAAAAAGUUAGACCACGAAAGAGUAUCUAUUUAAUUAUUCAGGGGUAGCAGUAAAAGAACCUUUGCGGUUUUGCAUUUUAUGCAUUCUGUGCCACCCAAUUGAAAAAGCAGGUACUCACCUAGAACCACAGGGAGACCAAGCAUUUCACUACUGGUCCACUGUGCUGAUCCAGUGUUCCCCAUGCACUUGCACCCUGUGAUCUGAGCUUACGCAAGCCCUUGCAAAGCAAGGCCAGUCCCUUCAGCUUUAUGGUUAGCGGGGAUUUAAUCUGACCAUUUGAUUAACCAGUGGGUCAAACCCACAAUAGGUAAAAAUUUAGGCACAAAAAUUAGCUCCAAAAAUCUGAACGCACAUUUUUGAUAGAAAGCAUCUCAAAGUAAAAACCACAUAUUUUAUUUGUCAUGUAGGUCCAUUGGGCUGCAUAUAGGAUGGCUUGGCUCUGUGCAGUGCAUACUAAGGUGUUUCUCAAAGUAAUUUAACUACUAGAAAAUUUUUGUUAACAAUUUUAUCAUUAUUGUUAAAACUACAGAUGACCUGGCUUAACUAUCUCCCAGUUUAAAAACCAUUGCUCUGAACCAGCAAUGUUUCUGCAACCAUAUUUCUUUUAAAUUUAAAAUCCUAAGAAAGUUUAGCAGGGACAAUUCUAGAGACUAGAGGCUCUUAGGCUAGAAAAUCCCACGAGGCUCUUCUGACCAACUUCCUGUCACCUAUAUAUCUGCCCUCUGGGGCCCCCAAUGCUUGGGGCCCAGUUAGCUGCCUCCCUUGCCUGUUCAUAAUAUUUGCCUCCAAAGUUUAGCCACUGGAAGGUUGGCAAUAUGAAAACAUUUUACUGUGUAAAUUUUGCAUCUGUCAAUCUCACACCUAUAUUUUUACAUCUCAGAACUUGCAUUAUGCCCACCUAAUGGUUGUUGAUCAAGCUUGUGUGGGCAGAUGGAAGUUGUUGAUUUACUUGCGAAAAUAAAUGCAAAAAGGUCAUUACCUGGGAAAGAGCAAACAGCUACCGACUGCUACCACAAUUAUCCGUUCACUGAGCUGUGACCAAAUCCACAAAACCACCUAUUUUCAUAUCUUAACGAUUGCUGUUAUAUAAAUAGCAAAAUGAUUAACCCUGUUUUAAUUUCCUAGUUCUGUCAUAGUUCUUUGACUACAUUUUUUACCUAACAUGUGAUUCUAUAAGUUUACAGUUAAUGAGCUAUAUUGGCAGAAAGGUGGAAAAAAGAGAGAAGAGUAAUAAACAAAAUGUAAAUAAUUACUUAUUUCAUUUUUGAAUUGCCCUAGUUUUUCUGUGUCCAAAAUACUACUCAAUAGAUAACUGUAAUUUCACUGUCUUAUUCCAUCAAGAUAUCUUACAAUUAUUUAUUUUAUCACAGCAUAUAAUGAAAUUGUAGCCUGUAGAAAUUGUAGAUAUUGGGGUGAUUAAAGACAUUUGUAAAUUCCUAAUUUGUUCACACACACACACACACACACACACACACACACACACACACACACAUCUGCAUCUGUAAACUAGGUUUCUCUGGCAUUAUCCUCAAUUGUGCCAUGAAAUCAACUGAACAUUUCCCUGCUGUGUCUAUCCCUGGAAAGUACUGGGUAUUUGGUUUUGCAUUAAGAUGGCCUUUGAUGGUGAGCCUGGUGCUCGUGGAAUGUUGACUGAGCUGUUAAUGAUUUAGCCGUGUGCUAAUGCAUCCGCCUGCUGCUUCUGAUGGUUGCCACGCAGCGAGAGACAAGAAAUAGCCUGGUAACUGGCCUGGGAUGUUGUCAGAAGGGGAUAAAUAUCGCGGCCAUAUGGGAACAAAUAUGAAUUCUUGUCUUAUUGAUAGUGCUUUUUUAUUGGGAAAGGAUGGGGCAGGAUAGUUGCCUUGAGAACAUCGCUGAACCUUCAGUGCCCAGAGCGUGAACAGAAUCCGGGGACAACAUGGUACUGGAACUCCUGGGGACUGAUUCUGAACCAGAAUCCAGCAUCUUAGGCCAGUAAUGAAGAGCAGCAAGUCCCUGGUGCAGUAUUAUUAAACCCAGUAGUACCAUUGACAAAACCCAUUAGCGUUGUCAUUCAGAGAAGUUACUAUCAAAACAGAAAACUUACUAACAAAAAAAAGAAAGAAAAGUUAAUAACAAAACAGAAAAAAAAUAUAUAAAGAAAUUAUAAUUGUGACCUGUAUCACAUAUAUUGUUUAAGCAUGUAGGAAAGAGAAAACAAACAACAAAAGUUAAAAUGAAUUGUGCUCUCUGCUCCUAAGUUUUGAAGUGAGACUAUUACUUACACUGUGCAAGCAUACUUUCAGGACAGUCCAGAUCCUGUGUAUUAAUGCAUGAGUUCACAACAUGCCUAAGAUGGAGAUUGUUAGAUUAGAUGGGAGCCCUCAUACAUUCAAUAGGCCCAUGCACCUAGGUCUGUUGACAUAGUUUUUAUACUCUCUUCUCUCAGCUCAUUGCCACAUCCCUGGUUCAGAAGUGCCUGCUCUGCCAAGACCUCCUUGGUUCCCCUGCCUCUGAUGAGCAGAGAAGAUGCCUGGCCUGAGGAACCGCUCCACCUGGGCCCCCCUGUUGCUCAAGGGCUCCUGUAUCAAGUCCUGUGCCAAUGGCUGCUCUCUGGGAAUCACCUCCCACCUCACCUAUGCCAACACAGACUCAGAGCCUGUGGAAGGUGUGUUUGUGUACCCUCUGGGGGAGAAGGAGGUGGUAGUGGGGUUUGAGGCUGUCAUUGCAGGCAGAGUAGUCAGUGUGCAGAUCCAGAGCCGGGGAAAGAUGGAGGACUGCUGCCUGGACUGCUGUGGGAACUCCAGUCUUGACAUGCAGUGCACCAACAGCAAGGACUGGGGCUGCUGUGGGAGCUCGAACCUGGACAUGCAGUGCACUAACGGGCACCUCAUCCUGGAUGAAGACCUGGAGAGAACCACUUUCAUUGUUGGUACGGGUGUCAUUGGACCAAUGGAGGUAGUUACUAUCAUUAUAACCACCACUCUGGAGCUCCCCACGCUGGAGAAUGGAGCAAUCCGCCUGGUCUACCCUUCAGUGCUCACACCCAUAGUGAGAGGCAGGAUGGUUUCAAACAAGAGCGAGAGCGGGGUGAGGUGGGAUGAACAGAGUCCAACCAGCUGCUUUGGGGGCACCUCUGGCAAACAGGAGAGAUUGAUGGGCCCUCCCCAGUACUGUGCCCAUGGAGUCUUCACCAGUCCAGCAGUCACUCACAUGCCUUACGAGCUCAGCUUCCAGCUGCUGGUGCGGGGGGCGUGUCUGCUUGCAGGUCUGGAGAGCCCCACCCAUGCCCUGCGGGCAGACGCUGACCCCAGUGCCCAGUGCGCCACUGCCACCUACAUCACCCUCGCUGAGGACCACCGCUAUGACCGCCACCUGGAGAUCAUCCUGCACCUGAGUGAACCUCACAGUCCUCUCAUUAUCCUGGAAAGGGGUCGACUCACCUUCCAGGAGUACGAGCAGCACAUCAGUGCCCGUCGCGAUUAUAUUCGCUGUGCCAAGAAAGAGUCAGACUCUGAAAAGAAGCUGGAGUUCGUAAGGAAGCGGUUCCACAAGGACAUUCUGUGUAACCCGGUUCUGAUGCUCAACUUCUGCCCAGACCUGCUGAGUGACCCGGUCGAGCUUCACCGGGCCACCAGGGAGGUGAUCUUCCUCAUCGACCGCAGCGGCAGCAUGAGUGGAGGCAACAUUGACAAGAUCAAGGAAGCUAUGGUGGUGGCCCUCAAGAGUCUGCCUCCAGGGACGCUGCUCAACCUUGUGGGGUUUGGCUCCAGCACAAAGACCCUCUUCACCUCCAGCAAACUCUGCACCGAUGAAACCCUGGUGCUGGCCUACGAGUAUGCCCAGAAGAUGAGGGCCGACAUGGGGGGCACCAAUCUCCUCGGUGCCCUCUCCUGGGUGUACCAGCAGCCCGUGCAACGCAGCAGUCCGCGCCAGGUGUUCAUCAUCACAGAUGGCACGGUCAGCAAUGUUGGCAAAGUGCUCGAGCUUGUGCGGAGGAAUGCCUGUUCGGGCAGGUGUUUUGGGGUGGGCCUGGGCCCACUGGCCUGCAGAAGGCUGCUUCAGGGGGUUGCCAAAAUUACAGGAGGCAUCACAGAGUUCCUUAGUGAGGACGAGAGGUUGCAGCCCAAGCUGGUAAAAUCCUUGAAGAAGGCCUUUGAACCCGUACUUACAGAUGUCCGUAUUGACUGGUAUGUCCCGGAUAACUUGGAGGCACUCCUCUCACCCAAUGAAAUCCCUCCACUGUAUCCUGGAAACUGCCUAAUUGGCUACUGCACCAUCUAUGAUGUAUCUGCAUUCAAAAGUAAGAAGAAUGAGGCAAAGAGCCGCGUCUACAAGGGCCUUUCCCGGGGCUCGAUGGGCUCUGUAUUCGGGCAUUCUCAGGAUGAGCUCUGCGUCCCCUUCGCGGCCGACCUCCUGGAACCCCUGUUGGCCCCGCUGGAGCAGGACGACGUGGAGGAGGCGGUCAGGGAGAUAUCCCGCGAGAUCUCCUCUGAGUUUUCCUGCGCCAGGCCCACAGAUGCCAGCCCCGGCUCCGGAGGAGAGGCGGAGCCGUCCAGCGACGUGCGGCGCAGGAUCCAGAGGGACUCCUACGUGCAGGAGCAGUACGUCCUGACGCGGUGCUCGCUGAGCAGCGAGAGGGGCCUGACCCAGGGCUCCUCCGGCUCGGAAUGCCCGCAGCCCGCCCUGCUGGACACCGUCUCCCUGCCCCAGGGCCUGGAGAGGAUGGCCCCUCCCGAGCAACGCAGGCUGUCACGCUGGGAGUCACCAUGGCAACACGCACAGUCCUCAGAGAGUGCUGAAACUGUGAGUUUCGCUGAGUCAGGAAAGGCAGGCAGGCUGCUGAGCGUGGAGGAGUCCCGCCGCAGACAGAAGGCCCUGGCGCGGUCGGCCAUGGCCAGCCGCAGCUUCUCCUCGCCGCAGGGCGAGCUGGACAUGCACCGGCUGCGGCGGGCGCUGGAGAAGGUGUCCUUCGACCAGGCCGUGGGCGGGCGGCUGGACGAGAGCGACGGGGAGGCCCAGCCCACUCCCCGGGCGGCCCUCUCCCGCCGGAGCCUCACGGACUCCAGCGGUCUCCUGUUCCCCGCCUCUCCCCUGGAUUGGGACAGUUUCACUGACCCCGAGUACCUGUUCUCUGCUGCCCCGCCCGAGGAGCCCCACUCAAUCCCCGGCCUGUGCCGCUCUGUCAUCCACGGGGUGCUGUCCGGUAAGCCCGUGUCCUGGGAGGUGACUGUGGAUCUAUCGCCUCUCUGGCUCCCCGAGGGACCCGCCCCAGGGCCGGACGGCUGGGAAGAGAUAGUGCACCACCUGACCGCUCGCUCCGUCAUCCGGGACUUCGAGAACAUGGCGGAGAAGGAGUCCGACAUUGAGCACGGGCCAGCAAAGAGGUACCGCAUUAAAGCCAUCCAGACCAGUAAGGGCUGCAACACAAUCUGUAUGUACACGGCCUUCGCUGCUGUUGAUGGCAACACCAAAGAGGGUCUCACAGGGUCUGUGGAAGUGCGAAACACAGGGGUGCGCUUUGGCGCCAGGCGGAGCUCUCACUCCGGAAGCCGCAGACAGAGGGCGUACUCCACGGGACUGGGGCGCAGGCCAUCCAGCCGGGACUCUGAGGAGUUUGAGGACACCUUCGCAUCAACAGACCGGGAGGACACCCCUGCCUCUCCUUGCAGCCUGACAUCCUGGGACAGCAGCACAGGGGGGAGCUGGUGCCCUGUCAGCCCGUCGGCCACGUCCGUGAGGUCCCAGCGGUCUAUGGAGAGCCGCUCAGUGGAGACCUUCUUUGGCUCAAGGUUCAGUCUGGGCAAGCUCCGAGGCCCCAGCUCUUCAGGGAAACAGGCGCCACUGAAGCCGUACUGCCUGUCGGCCGAGGCGGAGAAGCCGUCCGACUGCGAGACCGCCGACUACAUGCAGCUGGUGCGCCUGCAGCUGGCCUCUGGCGCCUUCCUCCUGACGGAGCUGUACUCGGAGUGCCUGCAGAUCCCCCUGGAGAGGCUGAAGAGAGCCUCCCCCUACACCAGCCACCGCAGCAGCCUGAGCCCACCCUUCCACUGCGGCUCCCCGCACAGCCCCGCCCCCAGCCCCGCCCCCGCCAAGCCCCCCUCGGCCUGCAACCAGGACGCCAAACACAGGGCCCCCUGGCCACGCCCCAGCCAGCAGGACCCCACCCCCCCACCCUGCGAGGCCCCGAGCUCGGAGGAGACCUCCCCGGAGCCGGGCGGGGGUCCGGGGCAGGCAGACAGCGGGCGGGGCUCGGAGACGGACGCGUGCGAGGGGUCCCCCAUGGAGCCCCCGGAGCCGGCGGGGGAGCGGCUGGCCCUGCGGGACCUGGAGGGCUCCACCUGGGCCACGGCCGUGGCGCUGGCCUGGCUGGAGCACCGCUGCGCCGGCUUCUUCGUGGAGUGGGAGCUGGUCGCCGCCAAGGCCGACUUCUGGCUGCGCGGGCAGACGCUGCCCGAGGGCGUGGACCUGGCCGGCCUCAAGGGGGCGGCGCGCCAGCUGUUUCUGCUGCUCCGCCACUGGGACGAGAACAUCAAGCUCAACAUGCUGUGCUACAACCCCAAUAACAUGUGAGCGCCAGCCCUUCGCCCCGCUCCUUCGUAACCCUCGCCCCCAAAGCCUUGAUGACGACUGUGGAGUCCCCGGUAACAAGAAUCUACUUGAAAUUGUGUGUGGGGACGAGGGAGGUAUGCGUCGAUGUUGGUAGUGACGGCCAGUUACGGUUGAGUAACUGUCAUGUGCCUUGAAACCUGAACCUCUUGACCGUGUUCCUUAUUUUAUUCCACUUUGUUCCAGUUAAAUCUCCAGAGAAUACAAGACCCUGGGAUACAAUGUAGAAGCAAAACCAGCUGGGGAAAGGCAGAUAUUGUUAAAAACUGAGAGGCUGCACUGAUAGGAAACCCUGUGGGGAACACAGACAGGUUGUGUUUUGCGAUUUGUGUCACGUGCAGAAUCUUUCUCAUAUUUUAUGUUGAGCUCACUGUGUGAAAGACAAAUUCAAUCUGGGACAAUAAGUUUCAUUCAGUCAUUCGUUCAUUAGCUAGUUAUCUUUGUAAACUGUGUAAAUGAAGCUAUAGCUUGCUAGCUUUCAAAAUAAAAAUGAAAAUGAUUUAGGAUUUAUUAUCGACAGCUAGCUAUAUGUAGAAAAUUAUUUUUUAUGAAAUGCUAAAAUCAUGUUGACAUAAAACUAUUACCAAAUAGUCACCUCUUCAGUUGAUGACACCGUGCUGAUAACUCCCCAGAAUAUUUGUAUUAUCUUCCACAAGAUACUACAAUAUACAUAAAACCAGCUAUAUUUUAUUUUCUUUAGUGCCAAAGUUUUCUAUCACUGGUCUCACAGCCAGGUUUCUUUACUUCUGGUCAUGAGAAUGGAUGCUCAAGAUAUUAUAGCAAAGGAGGGUACAAAAGAUUCACACUUGAAUGGUGACACUCUGUAAGACCAAUAAAGGAGAGCUGUGAAACAAGUGUGACUUUUGUUCACAGUGUCUCACUACACAAUCUUUGCUCUGCAGGUGUCUGAUAUCAUAUCCCAGGGUCUACCUUUAAAGGACACGAAGGCAUGAACUUUUGCACCUUUACACCAAGCCUGUGAUAGAUGUGGAGGUGCGUUUUUUGACACUCCUGUGUACAUUGCUCAGUUCCUAAUUAAAUUCCUUUGACCUGAUCCCCCAGUACUUUUAUAUAAUUCAGAACGUUCAGUUUCCUCACAGCCUCAUUUCACAUCCACAGUGCAAGUAAACUCACUAUAUGCAACAGCUUUUUUAGGAAUGUAGAACUUAAGUGUGUGAGUUUGUAUGUGUGUGCAUGUUGGGAGGGAUGGGGGAAGUGGAGUAACUUAACACUGACUUGCACAUAUUUUCAACGCUCAACUUUAUGAGGUGAAAAAUUACCAGACUACUAUUGUGUGGCAAUAAUCUGCUGUAAAAUUAAAAUGUACUCAUUUAAGUUUAUGUUUUAGUCCUCCUGAGUAUGUAAUAAAGGGAUGCUUUGAAA